AUGGACAAUUCCAGGAAUGCUAGUCUUAAACCAGUGCAAGCGUCCAACCUCCCCGCCUUGAUUGUUGUCCAAAGCGUUUUUCUUACACUGAUAAUGAUAGUUAGCGCCGUAGCUAACAGCUUUAUAUGUCGCUGUAUUCUGGUUCACCGAUCUCUACGAACGAUUACGAACUCUUUUAUCUUUAAUCUCGCGGCUACAGAUUUCUUGUUAUCCGUGCUGUGUAUGCCUUUUGCUUUGGUGUCCGCCAUCACCGGCCGAUGGGUAUUUGGCGAGGUCAUGUGUAAGCUUACAGGGUUUCUGAUCUCAGUUCUGUGUAUUGCGUCUAUUCUAACUUUGGUUUUAGUAGCUAUCGAUCGAUAUCUGGCGAUAUGUCGUCCACUGAAAUACUGCAUCCUAGUCACGCACAGGAAAAGUGUAAUGAUGUUGGUAUAUGUUUGGCUUCAUGCUGCUGUAUGCUCCAUUCUGCCUGUCAUUGGCUGGGGACAGGGCUACAAAUUUGUUGUUGAAGAAUCAAUUUGCCGGCCGGAGUUCGGAAAACCUACAGCUGAUAACGGCUACACAAUAUUUUUAUUCAUAACUUGUUUUGUUGGGCCAUUUUCAAUAAUCGCAUUCACAUAUGUCUCCAUUCUGUUCACAGCCAGGAGACAAUUUCGCCGGGUUCAUCAAGCCAAAGUGACCCCGCCUAACCCGAUUAACAGCACGCAACCAAGCAGUUCCCAACUCAACGUUAUCACAGACUACCAUGGUGAAACCACCAUUGCUCAUACGCCAGAAAACACUAUUGUAGGAGAAGAAAUAACUUCUGCGACUAACACCUCACGUUUCAAGAAGUUAUAUACCUCAAGGAUCAUAAAGAACAGACGACGGCAAAAGGCGAGGGGUUUUAAAAUGCUUUGGUUAAUUGUGGCGGUUUUUCUAAUCUGUUGGAGCCCUUACUUUAUUUUCAUAUUCUAUAGCUCUAUUCAUCACCGUCGUUUCUCCAGAACAGUCAAGGUACCAGUCAUGCUCCUAACGUUUCUCAAUAGUGCCUUAAACCCAUUUUUAUACGGGUUUUUGAACGGAAAAUUUCGGUCAAGCUUGUGGGAGUCAAUUGGAGAGAAGUUUGCUUUCUGCAAGUGGAAACAAAACGAGACAAAAUCGAGAGUGCAUCAUAUUAAUUGAGGAUUUCUGUGGCUAUCGCCAGCAACUCCUUAAUGUAUAUCAGUUAAAACAUAGAAUCGAUGCCAUAAAUCAAUUGUUAUAAAUGAUGGAUGAAACAAGUGGAGGAAGCAAGGAAAUAUACGCGGUAUCAGUGUUCACGGAAACAAAAUGGAUACCUUAAUUGGUAUAGCUGGCCAAUUCUAUAAAACGCUGCCUGGCGCAUUUAAAAAAAACACACACACACACGCACACACACACACACACACACACACACACACUUACAAACACGACCCUUUAAUUUUGCUUUAAAAGCCAGAAGAAUCAGUCUUAGCAUGCAAAUUGACUCUUUUGUUAAAAUUGGUUCUUAUCUAUGUAAAAAUUAAAGACUAUUUUGACGGUAAAGAAAGCAGCUGAACUUGAGGGAAGUACUCCUAAAAUAAAAUAUGAUUCCGUUUUUGCAAUUCACGGGUCGAAAACAACCUGUAUGUUUACAUUAACACUAUGUGUUAACUGUAUCUAAAGUGAUACAUUUGACAUCGUAAUUCCAAAAAAACUUGCUGCUUGUUUUCAGUGCAAUAAACAGUCAUUCUAUUUUUUUUUUAUUUAAAUAAAAGCACAGAUUUAACUUGGUUCCACAUUUCGUUUCAAAUUGUUGGCUGUUGGCGUUGUAAAUUUUACCCGCGUACUCGUCAGGUCAAAUUGUACGAGUUUAUGUUUGUGCUAAAUAUUACUAAAAAGUAUGUUCUCCGCGGAGUUUCAUGUGUGAUAAGACCAAGAGUGAUUUCCCACCAACGUUGUGGUAGCGAUGACACCGAGCAUAUGCUGGUCGUGAGAGAAAACUAUGUGUUUGUUUCGUUCGGAUAAGCCGUUAUGUUUUAUGAGAGAGUUUUUGAUAGAUAUGGGAAAUGAUCUAUAGUCUUCGAAGUCUUGGUAUACGUCCUGCCAAUAAUUCACUCUGCUUUUGAUGGCCAAACUAAAAAGUUAAACGAAGGUUCUGCAAAUGCCGUUUGUUUAUUCAGUUUUGUCAUAUUAAAAGUAGGAAGACCAGAUGGCAGAAGGAGUAGAUUAAUUAGGAACUUGUAAUACUGAAUUUUCUUCCUUUGCCGAAUCAUCCUUUACCGAGUGGAUGAGUCUCAGAUAUUUGAGACUGAAACAUUGUUUAAUACAUGUAAUUUUUAUUUCUCGAACUUUAUGUAUUGCUUCAAACUCCCAUCAAAUAAUCGUGCACAUUCAUGCAGAUCAACUUAAUACACUACCCUGAAUAACAUUUCUUUUCUCAAAGGAGCCAGCGUAUAGUCAAGUAUAGCCAUGAUAGCAAAGCAGCAAAAAAGAUACGGCAAGCAUUUUAUUUAAACAAAAACACUUUGGGAUGACACUAUUCACUCAAACGUAAGAGUUCUCUAGCCUCUUAAUUGUAAAGUAAAAGCAUCUUUGUAAAAAUUGUCUAAAAUAUCAUUACAGAAAUUUCCCUGUUAGAAGAGGUUUUACCGAUACUGUCGCACUUUCACUGGAAGCAUUCACCUUUUGUGUUUAAGCGGAGAGGCUGUUGUCAAAAAUUAAGUGUUAGUCCCGCUUCAUGAAACAAAACCUCUGUUCCCACUAAGAAUGUGAUAAAUGCAAAAUGAAAAACUUAGGAAUAUUCAUUUUGUUCAUUCACUUCAAACAUAACACCCACCAGCUCAUGCAGGACUGAUUGAUUUACAUAAGAGGAAUUCAUUGUCGUUCUCUGACUUCUCGGCAACAAAACAAUACUAAAAAUAGCUAACCAUGCACCAGUGUCAGACCGGCUUUACUGAUUUAUAAAGUGCCCAAAAUUUAUAUCCUGUGGAUAGUUUCUGGCGUUAUUUUAAUUUUUUUUGUUAUUAUUUGCAUUUUGUCCCUCUUUACCUUUAACUUAAGAAAGGUUUUCUUUUACGAUAUUGAGCUAAUUGUAUCGAACAUAGUCUAUUGGUAAGUUUACUCUUAGACGUAUUCAGUAAACAUAUUUUAGGGUUACAAAAGGAGCAACUUCUGCCAACAAUACAAGCUUGCUCACAGGGCAAUUUUGCUCCAGAAUGGAAUUUAGAAUACCACGUUUUCGCCUUUAGGCCUUUAAAAAGUUCUGCAUGUCAGCUAAUAUAAAGACUUACGCCCCCAAAUGGCCACGAGGUAAUUAUAUUUUUUGUGUUGCGGAAGAUGAAAGACAAACUCAGUACUAAAAAAUCACAGCAAGUGUAUCUUUCUACACAAUAAAAGCUAAAUCUUAUAUCAAGCCCAAAGGCCAUCUAAGGAAUAGGGACGCCCCACCGAAACGAAUUUUUUUUCCUUUAAAGCGCGCCAACGACUAAUGAACAAGCAAAACAAUACAUGCUAGGUAUGGGCACGGAAAUUAUAAAUCAAAUAACUUCUGCUUUAACGGCUACCAUGUCCUUUAACUGUCUUGUUGUUUCUCCUCACGGGAAAUCACACAGACACGUAGUAACUAUCAAAACAACUCAUUUCCUCAAUUUUUGUUUUUACGAGUUGAAGUCAACUUUACUUUAGCAAAAUCCCUUCCCGUAAUUUUUUAUUUCUUAAUUAGUUUCUAAAUACGAACUAGUCCAGAAAACGUGACUAGGCAGUCAGCUGGCGAUACUAAAACGCUUUAUUUUAUUUUCAUUCCAAACUGAUUUGUCAUUUCUGUACAGGUUCGCGUCAACGGAAACUUGGUUCUUGCUGAGGAAGCUUGAUCUGACAAACGCCUACCGAAGAAAACUUUAGAAUGCAGAAAAAUUGGCACGAUAUAAGCAAGUAUUCCAAAACACAGGCACUGAAUUUUAGGAUUUUAAAUCUUUUCUUUUUUUUCCUGCUCUUAGAACGCAAGCAGAAAAGCCUCUCUCAGCAUGGUCAGCGCCAUUUUUUUCUUCAUAUUUAUUUUUUAAUAGCCUGCAGAGGCACAAACAGAAAAACAAAACAAAAAAAAUGCUCACGUGGGUUUUACUUAAGGUUGUUUGCACUUUAGUUCUUCAGGGUACCCUGUUGGGGCAUGUCAGUGUACCAAGGGUGAAGGUAGCCUUAGAGCGUGCAUAAGCUCUAGAAAUCGCUAGUUUUGGCAUUCACAUUGCAAUAUUUAGAAAUCUGCUUGAAAUAAAAUAUUCCGAUUAUGAAAUGAUGUAGAGUUAAAAUGGUCCAAAAAUCACGGUACAAGGGUUUGUAACAAAACUUUUCCGUAUUCUUAUUUCGGAGUACGAUCAAUCGAACAAACCCUAAAUCAUACAGUUCACCAGGGCUCGGGGUUUUUUUUUCAUUUUCUGAGGGAAAGGCUGUGGUGGCAAGGUUGAAAGUUCACACGGUUUACCACUCUCGUCCCCAGAGCCUCCUGGGGGCCUGAGCAUCAGGGCCAGGAGGCUCUGGGGGCACAGGAUUUGAAGUCCUAGAUUUUAGGAUUUCCGGUCAUUUCUGAUUUUCUACAACGUUUCUAAUAGCGUUCACUUGAGUCUUGCAGAAGUGUCAAUGACUGUUAAUUAGGUUCAUUCCGGGUACUUCAAGCUACUACAGUUGAUGAAGAACAACUAAUUAGAAGUGCAUCCAUUGAAUUAUUACUUAAUUCAAAAUUUGCCUUUAAAGUAUUCGGUUUUACAAUUUUAAAGUCAUCUCUGAUACGAAAAAAAAGGGUAUUUUAUUACGCUCUUUUCCCACACUGACAAAAAAAAGAUCUGGAGCCCACUCUGGGCCCAUUUCAGCCCUUGGGUCCAAAUCAGCCCUAGCUAAUUGGACUGUAUUGGCCCUGAUUAAAGGGAGCCAAAUCAGACUCAAAAAUAGGACUGUAUUUUACUCACCGAAACGGCCCCAUUUUUAGGGCUAAGACAGAUCUUUCUGAUUUACAGUGUAUAAAUAACAUACGGAAGGCGCAAACGCAUACUGUGCAGCCAAUUAUGUAGCCUGCGUGGUAGGCGUUCGAAAGCGAAGGGGGAGGGAAUUGAUAAAACCUGAGUUAUUUAGAAGUAACACAUUAACACCUGUAAUAUUCAAAGUCUGAAUACAUCGUUCGUAAGUAUCGACUCGGUUUUUUAAAUUGUUAACAAGACAAAAGUUGCCAGCGGCCGAACCAUUUUGUUUAUUGUAUAGAGUAAAAUUUUGUGUUAUUACGAAACCGAUAGUGUUGUUGUUGGCUCUCCUGAUUGGUCAGCGUAAAUGAAGACUUAUUUUUCUGACUUAAUUCCUAUUCAUAUAUAUCAUUAAUAAUAAAACAUAAAUCAACAAAAUGCAAAUAGAGUGAAUUUUACGACUCUGUCUCCUUCUCACAUGUGACAGUCUGAUAUUUCAAGUUUCAAGCAAAUCAAAACGCUAACGAUGAACGAGGAGAAAAUUCCUCUAGUACAGGUAUUCUUAUUCUUCCUUUAGCGCGCAUGCCGGGUUAUAAGAAUUUCCAUACUUAGAAGCGACGAAACCCUAUUUCAAUUUCUUUUCUUCUUCGUGCAGGGUCACAAUUUUGGUGAAUUUUCUGGGAUUUAAUAAGCCUUGCUUUGAUUUUAUUUCUUUUCAACUAAGAUUUUUUGUAUAUAAAUAGCCGAGAACUUAAAACACGUACAGACAAGAUAAUUUUCAGUUCUACAGAAAUCAAAUAUUUUCACCGCACAAUGAUGGCUUUGAGAGCAGACGCUUGAAUUUUAAAUUUAAUUAAAGACAAAAUUAGCUCGAACGUUUUCUGGUUAUUUCACAAUUUAUUACGUUUCCUUGCAUGAAAAACGUAGAGUUUUUUUUUAAAGGGGAACCAUCGAUGUAGUUCUAAGAAAGUUUUAAACUCAGCAGAGGUGUGUGAUUUUACUUCAAAAUCACCUGUCGCUCGCAGCAAUGUAUCCUUGCUUGACAUAUGUUCAGCAUUACUUUAGAAAACGGAAAAAAAAUUACUACAUUGUUUGGAGUCGAAGCAACCGUUGAAACCUUUAGCUCAAAGAGAUAAGGUUUUCUUUUUCAUUUUAUACUCGGCUCGGAAUUCUUAACAGAAUUAAAACACUUUUUUAAGACCAAUAGACAAGGCCAGGAGCCAUAUUUAUGUCUCUUGACAAGACUGAAAUAACAGGUGUGGUAUUAAAGAGACUGGUACGAGUCAAAUCAGGUACCUUAUUUACCGCUGACCUUCAGUUAGUGUGUAUAAUCAUCACUGCCUUCGCAUAGACUGAACUAUUUUAAAAAGCAUAAUUCAUGCUAAAAAUUGUUCACCUUACGAGGACAUAAAAACCCAUUUAAUCGGUGAUCUAGGAAAUUCGGGUUUACUAUUCUUACUAUUGGUCUUAUAUUGGUUGGUUUGUUGUGGAGAGUUUGCAGCUCAAUGUUGCACUUGCGGCUAAAAAAAACAACAAAGCAAACAGCAAAGACAUCAUAAAGGUUGGCUUUCUUAAAUUUUUAAAAAAAAGGAAGAGUGAAGAAGAAAGCCAGUGUGAAAUAUGGCGAAAGGGAACAAAGAUAAUCAAUUAACAGAAGUAAUCUCGAAUCACUGAAUCGUUAUGUCUGACAUGCGCGAUAGAUACCUCUCGCAUUUUGCGUAACAAAAGGAAAAAGUAGAGCCAACAAAUAUUUUAUUAAGAAAGUACUGUAAGGUAUGAAUGUGUAUGCCAAAUUACCAACACACGCUGCUUAUUCAAUUCAACUUGCCAAAUUGACAAUCAGAAUUUGCAGGCCUUCGAAAUGCACUCACAGGUAUGACACUCCUUUCUUAUUUCUAGUAACGCCACUUCAAAAUAUCUCGCCCUUACUAGAAAAACAGCUAAGAGAAAAGCCUUUCGGUUAAGCAACCACAAGUUCAUCAUCGAGACUGGCAGAUACAACCAAAUAAUUAGAUUCGAUAGUUUUUGCCCUGCUUGUAGAUGUAAUCAAAUCGAAGACGAAAUUCAUUUUCUGUUUUACUGUUCCGAAUACUCUAAAUGAGAGAUAAAUUUUAUAGUAAGCUACAAUCUCUGAUCGCAGUAUUAAGUAAUUAUCGGUUGACGAAUUGAUUAUGACAUUUUUUGAAAUCUGCUUCGUAUCUUAUUAACAAAGAAUUAAUUUAAUUCAUAGCAUCUUGUUUUAAACUUCGGAAAAAAUUGUUAUCAACGUAGUUUUCAAUCGUUAUCUUAGUUUGUUGUACGAUUUUGGAAUACUUUUAAGUUAACGGUCUUGCAAAUAAAGCUUAUUAUUGUUGCUGUUGUAGUCUGACAAGAAAGAAACUCAGUACUAUAACGUAUAACCCGAUAUACAGUACUAUAGUUAAAGUAGCAUAAACUGAUAUACAUUACCGUCCAAUGUUUCGCUUAGACAGAAGAAAUGAAAGUUAGUUUUGUCUAACCAAAACAUUGAGCAAUUUAAGUUCCUUUUUCAGCUUUCUGAUCAGCGUUAUACACUAUGCCCAACUUUACUCUCAUUUGCAUGUCGAGUCGACAGAGCGUGGAAAUCGCUUGGAUAAAAAAAUGUCCAAAGCACCAUGAGCCGAAAAAAUCGGAUGCUCUUGCAGGCUACCAUGAGUCAUGUUUGAAGAAAUCUUGCCAGUGAAAACCUUAAAGCAGUUACUUACGCAUGUUUCAGGUCAGGCCUCAGAUUUUCAAAAGAUAGAUACACAGCACUAUGUAUAAGUUACUGACAUAACUACGUUAUGAACAACUGGAGGCCAGGAAUAUAACUGAUAUCUUUUGUAUUUAUACAGCUUCAAGCUUUGCAUGAUGAGCCUAAUCCGCCACCGAUCAAAGAUAGUCAAGGACAAGCCUCUCCCAUCGGGGAAACAGAUGAAAACGCUCGUCUCGUUGGCGAAAAUGAGGAGAAAUCUUAUAGCUCCUCAAGUGGUGGUUUAAAUACUCCUUCUUCAGAAGAAUCUAUUGAAGAGAAAAGAAAAUAUCUUAAUAAUACAACCACGUGAGUUCUUUUUUUAAAACAAAAGACACAAAAAGCGCAAGCUACACAUAUCAUCUGCGAGUGCGCGAACCGGCCGAACUGGUUCAUUCUCGUUACCAGAGCCUCGAGUUUUUUCAGCCUGAACAUAAACUGUUAUCAUAUGAAAUAGAGAAGCGGGGGGCUCUGGCCCCAAUUGUUCAAACCCUGCUUAGCGCUAUCUGUUGGAUAAAUCACUAUCCAGCGGAUACGUGUUAGGAACACCAAUUGUGUUGUCCACUGGACUGGAUAGAUAUUAAUCCAGUGCAUAGCGUUAUCCACCUUUUCAACAACUGGGGCCAGGAGUUGAUAAAAGACCUGUCUGAGAACUCUGCGCAUGCCCUUGGAGCUUGUGAUGGCUACAGACGUGUGUAGCGUGUCUUUAUUGUUGGCUUCUACACUCAGUUGGAUCACUAACAGUGGAUUCUUUUUAGGUCCAGCAACUGCCCUUUUAAAAUCCAGUAGCCUGGGAACGAACAGACAGUUUUAUAGAUCAAAACUUCCUUAUUAAUUGUUGUUUUUCUAUGCAGCAAUAUGCAGGCCCUGGCUCAUCUAUUAAGAGGAAGCAUCGGGACGGGAAUGCUGGGAUUGCCCGAAGCCGUAAAGCACGCUGGGAUUAUCGUAAGUUUGCUUGUCUAGUUUUAGGGGCCAAUUGUUUAUGCAAGCCACUGAUGCAAGCAUUAGACGGUCUUUUUCAACAAAACCGAAGUAAACAAUGUCAUUGUAUAUUCAGACUUAUCAUUAAACUUCUACCAUGCUGUAAAAUUUUCAAGAUGUCUUAUAGCUCUGGUACCCUCUAUUAUAACUAGAGCAAACUAAAACACAUGUCGUUUUAAAUGGAUCGCUUCUAAAUCCAAGUUAGAGGUAUACUCGGGGUAUGUCUACACUCUUGCGUGAGCACGAAAACCAUGUCUUUUUGUUUGCACAUAAGAACUGCAAUUUAGGCGUGGUGUCCUGUGACGGAGCGAAGCUAUGCCGCGCCCGCGGUGGAUUGUCACAUAUCGGAUAUUUUGAUGUAACACUCUUUAGAUCAAUUAAAGUUUCUGGGAAACUGCCCACCUACCCCUCCCCUAAUCCAACAUUUUGCCCUAAGUGAGAACUAAGUGUUAAUGUUCACUUAGGGGAGGGGUAGGUGGGCAGUUUCCCAGAAACCUUAAUUGAUCUUAACACUCUUUGUGGCAGUGUAAAUAAGUACUUGAAACGUAGCAGAAACGAAUGAGUAGGAAAGAGGACUGGAACCAACUAAGACGGAAGUAAAUAUUCAUGAUUGAGGAUUGGGACUUAAUGUACCAAUCCCUCUCGGCCAUAACCUUAAUAUGAAUAUAUCUUUCAGGUUGGUCCCCUGGGGAUGUUGCUUGUUGCUGCGGUUACGGUUCACUGCAUGCAUCUUUUGGUUUAUUGUAGUAGUGUCUUCUGUCGAAGGUAAGCUAGAUGAUGAUGAUGAUGAUCUUUGUCCAAGUUACAGUCGCAAUCAUACCCUUUGUAUUCAGUAUCUUUCCUCUUUGGUUCGUUCAAUACAUAGCCGUACCGUAGCGUCCUUCUUAAAUCUACAUUUUAUAAGAGAAGAACUAUAUAACUGGAGUGACGAAGCCCAAAAACCACUUUAUGGUGAUAUAUAUCUAGCCGGAUUUUUGAAAACGUUAUUUGUUAUUGCCAAAUAGACUUCUUCCGUCCAACAGUUUUUUUUUUCGUACAAAAACUAUCUCCAAAGUAGCAUUAUAAAAACUAAGAGUGCAACCAUUGCUUUUUUCUCGUCUCCUCCUUUCUUCCUCCCCGCUUUUUCUUUUUCUCCUUUCCUUUUCCUUCAUUGGUGUGAUUUUGGAGCUUAUGGAGCUUAAAAAACCUACGGCUUUUCACUCAAAUGACUGUAGAUUUCGUUAGGCUGGUUUUCAAAAAAUCGGGUAGAUAUAUAUAUUCUGCCUUAAGUUUAUCCGUGAUAGUAAUUUCAUGAGCAGCUUCAAAUGGCUUGGCAGCUCAGUUGGUUAGAAUGCUGCCCCCUCCCCCGUAUCUCGAGGUAUCGUAGAGGUAAGAGUUCGAAUCUCGGCAAUCCUGAAUUUUUUAAGCUUUCUUUUCGCAACUGCACAAGUCGCGUCUUUUACGGCUAUUUCAUCAUGACGAGGUUCUAAAAUAUGAGAUUCAUACUUUCAUCAUUUUAUGUUGUUUCUCCACCUCCCUUUUGUUUCUUUUUUGUUUGUAGAACUGGAGAGGCGGCUUUGGGUUAUGGAGAGGUUGCAGAGGAAUGUCUGAGGCGCUACUGGCCAAAAAGAGCCUAUGUUGGAAGGUAAGGUAACAACUUUACCAUUUAUUCCCCUCCCCCUCCCCCCUACCAGCCCCCCCCCCAAAAAAAAGGCUCAAAUUCCAUCGAAUAGAUUACGUAACAGUUAGUAGCAACCGCCACAGCACGGUCAGGUUGUAACGAAGCUGAGCAUCUCCUCUGACCACUGGAUAAAUUUGCUCCAAUUGGUAUUUUCGUUUCAUCCUCGGAGAUUAAGGGAAAGUCUAAUCGGGCGGGAAAAAAUGGCGCGAAGUAAAGUUCUUUCACUUUCCUUGCGCUAUUUUUUCCCGCCCGAUCUGUUUAUUUAUUUUCUCAUUCUUUUAAACACGCUGUCGUCGUACAGAUUGUUUAAAGACUAAGCACUAAAUUCCAAAAGCUUUUCUCACUAUGAAAGGGCCGAAUUCACCCAAGGCCUCGAAGGUUUAUUUCACCCGCCCGUAACAUAAAAUGACGGCUAUUUUCUAUCAUCUACACCUUGAUUCAUUACCUUUUGUUGAACUAUUGUAAAUAGAAUGAUAAGACGCUUUUAACAUUUUUCAGACUCAUCGUGAACAUUUUUCUGUGUAUAUCACAACUGGGAAUUGCCUGUGUAUAUUUUGUAUUUAUCGGCGAUAAUCUAAGACAGGUGAGAGUGCUAAGAGAGGUUUUAUUUGCCUUUGAAAUUUUUUAACAGUAUGCAACCGUAACUGCAACAACUGUCAUUCUCGUCUCCGUCACUUUUCUUCUUAUUUCUAUCAUAUCGCCAUCAUUAUCAGCAGCAGCGAUUUAGCGAGCAAGAGUGGCGCAGUGUUGUGCCAUGCCUGGCUCCUGCUGGGUUCAAGUCCCGGUGUCGACGCCAUAUGUGGGUUGAGUUUGUUGGUUCUCUUCCUUCUCUCUAGCUACUCCGGUUUUCUCCUCUCCUAAAAACCAACACCUUCAAAUUGAAAUUUGAUCUGGAACGCACGGACACGUUUGAAAGAGUUCUUAAGAACUCGUAAGUGCUUCAUGGGUGAAAAAAAAAUUACAAUUACAGAAAAAGUACCAGCACUAGAUGCAUAAUGAUCCGACAACAUCGUCAUCAUCGUUAGUGUCAUACAUAUCUAUCGCCAUAUCGUUAUCACCGUCACCUUAUCUUAAUUGAUUCUCCUUAUUGUUAACAUCAUCAUCCUCAUUUUCACAACCAUUCUUCAUGACUACCAUUAUCGUCAUCGUUUAACCCUUUAAACCCUUACAUCAAAAUUCAAAUUCUCUUUUGUUAUCCCUAUGCGUUUUCAAUAGAAGUAGUGGGGAGAAUUUGUUGAACUAUCAAUUAGAUUCAUCUUGUGUGAUCAUGUCCAUAAUUCUCAUGGCCACUCUGUUUUAUAAAGCAGUGAUAUUACAAGGAGAAAUUUGACGUUGAUCACUCUUAGGGCUUAAAGGGUUAAUACCUCGUCAUCACUAUUAACAUAACCUUUCCGUGUUCUUGAAGUUAGUGAUUGCCAUCAACAACUCCAUCAGUGAUUACGCUCUACGAAGCCUUCCCUCCACCCCUCCCACCGUUCAUUUGAUAUAAACCUCCAAGUUCCUCUUCUUCUACGUUUCAGGUAUCCAACGCUCUGGACAUUAAAACUUGGAUCGCAAUAAUUCUUCUUCCAAUAAUCCUGUUGUCCUUCAUCCGGGAUCUUCGUACCCUAGUCCCAUUCUCCAUCGUGGCAAACAUCCUCUGUCUUGUAGCUAUUGCUAUUAUAUUUCAGUAUAUCGUAAGAAACAUUCAUGACGUUGACAGGCUGCCUGCCUUUAGUGGGUGGAUGAACUUACCCGUCUUCUUUGCAAUGACUGUAUAUGCCUUUGAGGGAAUUGCAGUGGUAAGUAUGAUGUAUUUGGCAUUUGAAUUUUUGCCUAGGUCCGAUGUAUCCUUGUUUUUGUUACCAUGUUUCUACCAAUAGAGUAACUCAAUGAUUCGAUGUAUCAACCUCACCGCGCAGCUCUUAAAUCCCUUGAUUCGGUUCUUUGAAUCUUUUCACGGUGGAAAACUCAUUUAUUUGGCUUUAUCGUGUCAGUUAAUAAAGCCAAAUGACAAACAAGAAAACCAGUGGCGGAUCCAGGGGAGAGGCCCGGGGGGCCCCGGCCCCCCUCCCCCUUUUUUAGACCAAACUGAGGCCCGAAGGGCCGCAAAUUUUUUUUUUUGGAAAAAAACAAAAACCUUUACUGACUCUGUGAGUGAAAGAGUUAAUUGUAUGUAUGUCAUUGAUAGGUUUUGCCGAUUGAGAACAAGAUGGCAGCGCCUCAAAACUACGGCUGGGUCAUUAACCUUGGAAUGGGAAUCGUCUUCGUGUUGUUUUCCUCGAUAGGAAUUUUGGGAUACAUGUUUUGUCAGGAAAAAUGUCUGGGCAGUAUAACACUGAAUCUGCCCAAUGAAGGGUAGGUAUACACUGCGUGACCAAGGACGAACGCCAACCAAAUUUGGUUUUGUCACUUUCUCCUCCGCAGAGGUUCCAGCUGGGCAUCUCAAUAAAAAUAGCGAGCGCGCGGGCGACGAUGAGAAGAGAGAAAAGGCGGGAGCUUCUUCUCUUUCCCCAUCCCAUCGUCCCCCGCGCGCUUUCAUUUCUCCCUCUCCCCAGCCUCCCCACGAUACAAAGAGGCCCGUUCUGCGGGGAAGAGAGGUUUAGUCAGAUAAGUCGACUAUAGGUAAAUCUGACGUUUCGAGUAAUAAGCCCUCCAUAGCGAACAUGAAGAAUCUGCUUUCGAUAGCCAAUAACCCUCAUCUUAACAACUUGUGUUAAACCCACCCAGCUUUGCUGUCUCAGUGCUUAUGUAGAAACGUUACAAAUGUAAACACUUCCACUAUACCGUCCCAACAUUUCCAGAGAAAAUAGAUGACACCCUGCCAACGAGAUUGCAGGUUCUGUGGUGCUCUUCAUGAAAAUUUGGAACUUGGAUUUAGAUCGUCACCGAAAACUUACUAUACAGUUCUUCCCUCAACUCGUUAAAACCUUCACGCACCAUGAUCCUACCUCUCCCCCAGCCCCCACCCCAAGCGCUCCUCGUUGUUUUAAGAAGAGAUCCUUGCAAACAAAAGAAAAUCAUUUUGACGAGACUUAAAAAGGAGGGGGAGAUGUUUAGUUGGGUCUCCUAUAUCAGUUAUUUUCUUAGUGUUUUCCCUCAAACAACGCCAUUUCAACAAGAACGAGUUGAUUUACCGUUCACUCCGUUAACCUCUUUGGUUUUCUCUCUUUAAGAAUUUAUUUAGGAGUGAAACUGCUGUUUGCCAGCUGCAUUUUCCUGACGUAUUUUCUUCAGUUUUAUGUUCCCAUGGUGAUAAUCCAACCUGUGAUUCUUAAACACGUACCUGAGGAAUAUCAGGACGUAGCCGACUUCGCCAUCAGGGCGGCAACAGUGAUUUUUACUUGUGAGUAUAAGCCUAUUAUAGUAUUCAAAGAGGUUCUGUUACGAUGAUAUUGCUGUUUUAAGCCAAUUCUGUGCUUAAGUAAUUACUGGGAGUAAAUGUAUUGACACCUAAAUAAAAUACUUUUUAUCUAUUUUAAUUGAUACUGUUUUUAAAGUAUGAAUAAACCACAAAAUCAGAACGUUUUCUCUACUUUUUCGCAACCAUAAAAUGAACGUGAUAUCCAUUUUGGGCCGUUUUACAGAGAGUAAUGACAGAUUUCCCUAUCCUUUCAUAUACUUCAACUAGUAAAAUCUCUACCCUUUCUUAUACCUGAAGCCUGAAAAAGGUACCCUUUUCGGGCGGAGCCUCUCGUAUAGGCCUUUAUAGGGAGUACCUCCCUGUAAUACUCUCUAGCUCUUAAGAAGACCUUAUAGUGUGUCCUCUCAAACGAAUAUUAUUAACAUAGUCCCAUUUUGAGUUUGCAAUCGCACCUUCAAUUCACGCGGGAAAAAAUGAUUGACAUGUGCUGUGUCGGGAGCGGCGUGAAAUAUCACUCACUGUCCUAUUGGUCAAUUGUCAUGACGUCACCGGUAGAACAUAUAUAACGACCAGUUUUGUCUCAUCAAAACCGUUUUGUUUUAAUUUCAGGUAUUCUGGCAAUCAGCAUACCCCAACUAGAUAAUUUUAUUUCAUUAGUCGGCUCUAUCAGUUGCUCAACACUCGCCAUUAUUUUCCCGGUGGCAAUUCACAUCACCACCUUGACAACAGAGGGAGAUGGCCGUGUUCCCACUGUCACUUUUUUCAAAGACGCCGCUAUCAUGCUCAUUGGUAUUCUAACGUUUCUGUUUGGUACCUACACAUCAGUGGCGCGCAUUGUUGUACGAUACCAGACUGGACACAACUAGAAUUUCUAGAUUAUGACAAUUGACUUAGAUGUAUCUUAACAAACAAGGAAGAAUAAUGGUGGAUUAUGUCCGCUCGAUAUGGUCUAACCAUAGUACCCUUCCACGGUUUUUUUCAACUUUUGAAAUG